UUAACUGUUCCGGUUCUCUAGCUUGUCCUGCUGAAUCCGGUCUGCUUGUACUUUGCUCCAUCCAUUCUAGUUUUGUCUUUGUCCGUACAUUCCGGCAAAUUGUGUCUAACUAGUAAUCUAAUCUAAUCGCCCACCCAAUCCAUAUAGAAGGACAAAAAUUCAUUGAGAUAGAGAUAAUCUAACCAGGUAUCAAGACGUAUUUUUAAUCAUGGGCACUUUCAAGAACACAGAAAGACGUGCCUCCAUUGCAGAGAGAAGACCAAGUACUUCCUACACCCCGUCUGUGAUCCCCCACUUAGCUGGCCUAGAAAAACCACAAGAUCAUAGUUUGAAAUUAGAUCAAUGUGAUGUUUUGGUGUUGGGAACUGGACUUAGUGAAAGUAUCUUGGCAGCUGCCCUUUCGUGGCAAGGUGUCGAGGUCCUACACGUUGACAACGGCACAUAUUAUGGAGACCUGUCGUCAACGUUGACCAUUGACCAAAUGAAGAAAUGGUGUUCUGACGUCAACCAUAACAAGAUUAAACACUUUAAAGAUGCCCAAAUCUAUAUCCCUGGAGGAAAGUCUACCAAUAAGUUCAACAGUAAAGACUAUGGUUUGGAUUUGACCCCAAAAGUUAUGUUUGCCCAAUCAGAUUUGUUGACCCUUUUGGUCAAGUCAAGAGUUUACAAAUAUUUAGAAUUCCAAAGUUUGAGUAACUUCCAUAUCUUUGAAAAUGAUGAUUUUAAUAAGAAAAUCUCUAAAACAACAAAGGGAGAUAUUUUCACUGAUCAAUCGUUAUCAUUGGUUACAAAGAGAUAUUUGAUGAAAUUUUUAAAAUUUGUUCUUCAAGAUAAUAAUGAUGAAGCUAAGGUAAAAUUGAUCAAGGAUAAUGCUCAAGUACCAAUUGAUGAGUUUUUAGCUCAACAAUUCCAUUUGGAACCUCCUCAAAUUUCAGAAUUAACCUAUUCUAUUGGGUUAUGUAGUAAGUCUAAGACUAGAACUCCAGAAGCAUUAUCAAGAAUUAAAAGAUUUUUAGUAUCAUUUGAUGUUUAUGGGAAUUUCCCAGUAAUGGUUCUGAAAUACGGAGGCCCUGGUGAAAUCUCUCAAGGGUUCUGUCGUAGUGCUGCUGUUGCCGGAACUGUCUACAAGUUAAACACUUCAUUGGUUGACUUUGACCCUCAACUGAAGGUUGCCAAGUUUAACGACGGAAGUCAUGUAAGAAUAAAGGAAAAAGUUGUAAUUUCUCCUACCCAAAUUCCUAAAUUUUUACAGUCUAGUUACACUGAAUUGACCAAUAAAUUGAAUCUUAAGACAUAUGAUGUCACCAGAUUGAUUUCUAUUGUCAAGAGAGAUUGUAACGAAUGGAUGUCAGAACAUGAAUCAUCAGCAAUUGUUGUGUUCCCACCAAAAUCCUUACCAACUGAGAACAACGAAUCUGUUCAAGUGAUUAUUCAAAAUGGGAAAUCUGGAGUUUGUCCCGAUGGACAAGCCAUUUGGUAUUCUCAUACUACAGAACCAGAUCAUUCCAAGGCAAAGGAAGAUUUACAAGCUGCUUUUGAAAAGAUGGAAAGUUCAUUAUUACGUGAAUCUUCUUCUGAUUUGGAAGAUGUUUUGGACGAUAAAGAUUUCAUUCUUAGUGCUCAGGGCACUCCAGUUUUAGUUAAUUCCUUUAAAUUGGGCAAAUCUUUGGCUAACUUUGUUCCAAAGGACAAGUUAGAAAUUGUUUGUAAGAUUGGUUAUGUCCAAGAAUCCUUCCUUAAAUCUGACUUAUCGAAUAUUCUUAACCCAACCAGCACUAAUAACAUUUCCGCUGCAACCUUACCUGACUCAGAAGAGAUAAUAUUUACAAACAUGCCAUCUGCUGAAUUGAGUUAUGAUGGAAUUGUUAGUGAAUGUAAAUUAUUAUACUCAAGAAUUACAGGAGCGGAAGAGGACUUUUUCGACGUGGACUUUGAAGAUGAAGAUGAUGAAUAUACUCAAUCCAACAACCUGUCCUCCAAUGCACAUGACCUGUCUGCAAAGAACAAUACGGAUAAUGAACAUGCCAUUGCUGAUAGUGACGAAGAUGACGUACACCAUGAACCAUUUGGAGCAAGUGAAAUGGAAUUGUAAUUUUCUCGGACCCCCCAGAGUAUAAUAGAGCAGAGCAAUUCAUGAGGAAAGCUUUGAAGAAAUUCACCGCGUGUAAUUCAUACCAUUGACCCUAUGCUUAUAAUGCCACUCUUACCACUCUGUGACACUCAAACCCUCUAAUCCUUGAACCUCAAGCUUAGGCUUAUGAAAUCACCAUUAAUAUUCUUCCGAUCAACGGGUCAGAUACCUUUUUUGUUCGCUUAUUUAUUUACC